AUGCAGCGCCUGCUGCUGCUGCCGCCUCCGCCAGCUGCAGCAGACGCAAUGCAGCAGCUGCUGCGGCAGCUGAUGCUGCUGAAAUUAGCACCAGCAGCAGCAACGCCACCAGCAGCAGCAGAAGCAGCAGCAGCAACUGAUGAGGAGCCUCACAGCCCAGGCGAUCAGCCAACAGCACAGCUGCAGCAGCAGCAGCAGCAACAGGAGCAGCAGCAGCAACAGCAGCUGCUGCUGCCUUCUGUGAAAAUACCGCAUAUGGGGAAGGUCGUGCAGCUAAUAUCUACUCGGAAGGUUAGCAAACCCUAA